AUGGAUAGUUGGUAUGAAGUGCUCACAGCAUGCGAUCCAAGUCUAAAUGCUGUUCAAUCUAUAACAGCAAUCGCCUUCGAUCCAUAUCAAGAACUUCUAUGGACUGGAAAUGACAAAGGUCGAGUGAUUUCUCAUUUUGGUGAUGGCUUGCAACGAUAUACGAGUUUUAGAUCACACUUAUCUCAAGUUCGUCAGUUAUUAGUCAGUGAUAAGGGUGUGAUAUCAUUAAGCCCAGAUUCCAUUAGAAUGACCAAUCGAAGAGGUUUGGUCAGGUGGACUAUGAGCAAUGAAGAUACUUCAAAUUUACAUUGCAUGGCUUAUACUACUAUUCCAAAUUCAGAGAUUUUGGCUGCUGGAAAACAAAAUAAUCUGCUUGUUAUCAAUGUUGCAAGAGGUUCUGUAGUUAAAAAGGUUGAAUCAGCCAAUGAAAUUGUAGUUAUGCGAAAAUCAAGACUUGUUUGCUGUGGUGCAACUUCUGGUGAAGUGAUUUUGAGAGAUCCGAAUACUUUCAGAGUUGAACACAGAAUACGUGCACACACUGGAACUAUAUCUGAUAUAGAUACUAGUGGAAAUUUGUUACUAACUUGUGGAUUUUCUGUCAGGAUGCAUCCCAAACUUUCAACUACUGUUUUUGUCGUGUCUCGAUCUGGUCAAUUCCAUGUCUGUGAUGUAGGAAAUGCAUCUGACAUCCAUUUUUAUCAGGCAAACACUGCUAGUUAUAUAAAUGCUUUUGACCUCUCAACAUCUGGUGAAAUGCUUGCGUUUGGUGACAGUGCUAGUAUUGUACAUCUUUGGAGCGAUAGAAAGGGUUCAAAAAUUAAUGCAUACUCUAGUAAUGUUGAGUUACCUGCUGUUCCUUCUCCAACUCCGAAUGUAUUUAUUGGUGAAAAUGAUCCCUUAUCAUCAAUCGGAAUGCCUUAUUACCGAGAACCAUUGCUUUCUGUGUGGCCAUCUAAUAUGAUGUUUGAAGUCGGAAAUCCGCCUCCGAAAAUCGAUCCUGACAUCAUGAAUAAUAUGAAAAUGAUUGAUUUUGUUGGAUACGCCCCAAAUAUAGGCAACAAAAAACGAAAUCAAACUGUUAGAUGGUCAAAGAAAAAGCAUAAAGCCGGAACCCCAAAGUUUCAUUCUGAAAAGGAAAGAGAAUUGCAAUCUGGAAAGGAAACCAAGGAACCGAUCAAUUUAUUUGAUGAAGAAGCUGAAUUGGGUGCGAUUGGUACUAGAAUGCCAAAAUAUUAUAAACGUGUGGAAAUUAAAUAUAGUAGAUUUGGCAUAGAUGAUUUUGAUUUUGAGUUUUACAAUAAAACUCGUUAUGCAGGAUUAGAGACACAUAUAACAAAUUCAUAUUGCAAUUCGUUAUUACAAGUUUUAUUUUUCACACCGGCUCUUUGUUUGAUAACUAAAUCUCAUAUUGGUUCUUCAUGUUCAAAAGAAAAUUGCCUUUGUUGUGAACUUGGGUUUCUGUUUCGUAUGUUGGAAGAUGCUGUAGGAAGAAAUUGUCAAGCUUCUAAUUUUUUGAAAGCUUUCAGUACAAUUCCACAAGCGGUAGCUCUCGAUCUAUUUGAACCGGAUAAGCCUGACGAAAAGUCUCCAUAUUCAAUGCUUAUUCAGAGUUUUAAUCGUUUCAUCCUCGAACAACUUCAUCAGGAAUGUAAUUCUGAUAAUAAUCCUCGAUUGUUAAAAUCUUUGCCUUUGGAAAAAACUUCUCUUUCGGUGAUACAGCAAUUGUUUGGAAUGCAAAUGAUUUCGGUUAAUAAGUGUCAAUGCGAAGCGGAAACUGAACGCAAUAUCAUUUCAUUUGUUGUUGAUUUAAAUUAUUCUAUAAAAAACUCAAAGGACAAGCAUACUGCACCAAAGUCUUUUGUAGACAUUUUACGAUCAAGUAUUAGACGCGAAACCCAACCAAAAGCAUGGUGCAAUAAUUGUCAACAAUAUACUCCAAUAAUCGCUAAAAAAAUACCAAAAAGUUUACCGCCUGUUUUAACAAUUAAUUGUGGUCUUGGAACAUCAGUUCCAUUAGAUUACUGGAGAUCACUUGAUAAAAAUAAAACUUGGUUACAAAAAAGGAUUUCUAUGAGACUAGAACAGGAUGAUUUAAUUGUAAAUGAAUUAGCAUCAGAUGCAGUUGUUGAUACUAGUUAUACAGGCAAUUUAGAUAAUGCAAAUUAUGAAAUAAUGGCAAUCAUUGCUCAAAUUAGGAUUGAAAAAGAAACGCCACAUUUGACUAAUUUAUUAGUUCCUAACAAUGAACUAGAACCAGGGAGUAAAGGUCCUUGGUAUUUGUUUAAUGACUUUUUGGUCAGAAAUGUGACUGAGCAAGAAGUUUUCAAUUUUCAAGGAUUAUGGAAAACACCAGUAGUUUUAUACUACUCAAGAAUUGAUAUUACUGAUCUGAUAGAUAUAAGUGCCCUACCUUCUGAAAUUGAUAAAUCUAUACUAUUUAAAGAUAUAUCUAUAUCCAAGCAUCGUUUAACCAAUAAAAAAACAGCGCACUUACUAACACCAGAGGAAUUGCCACAACCUGGAACAUUAGUCGCAAUUGAUGCCGAAUUUGUUGUUUUAAAUCAGGAGGAGACAGAGAUUAGAAGUGACGGAACCAAAUCAGUUAUUAGACCAAGCCGUCUAAGUUUGGCUCGUGUUAGCGUUUUACGUGGUGAAGGACCGAAAGAAAGUAUACCAUUUAUUGACGAUUAUAUUGCAACAUCAGAACCCGUUGUUGACUAUUUAACUGAAUUUUCUGGGAUUGAAGCUGGUGAUUUGGAUGUUUCAGCGUCUAAACAUACAUUAGUCCCCCUCAAGGUUGCUUAUAAAAAAUUAAGAUUACUUCUUGAUCUCGGUUGUGUAUUUGUUGGUCAUGGAUUAAAAAAAGAUUUUCAUAUAUUAGUUCCAUCAGAACAAGUAAUUGACACCGUUGAUUUAUUUUAUUCAAAGAAUCGAGCAAGGAAAAUAUCACUUCGGUUUUUAGCUUGGUAUUUAUUAAGACAAGAUAUACAAACUGAGACACAUGACAGUAUUGAAGAUGCUAGAACAGCAUUAGCAAUCUAUAAAAAAUACUUACAAUUUAAAUCUGAAGGUAUAUUUGAAGAAGUGCUAGAAGAUAUUUACAACGAAGGUAAAAAAUACAAUUGGAAACCCACCCCUGGAGAGUUUCCUGCUAUAAGUGAAAUUUAUAUAAAGGGUUUGGAGCAGCGAAUUAAAAUUUUAAACUCAGAUAUUCCGAUAAUGUCUAAUGAUGUAAAUAGUGAUAAUAACCCUCCAAGUUUGUUAAAGGAAAUUGGAUACGAUACAAUUGACAUUUUAGAUCCUGCGAUAGACACGACUGGAACAAUUUGUGACGUGAUUAAUCUUUCAUCAACUGUAGCUGUUCCAUUUUCGCGAUUUUUACCAAUAGUAGACGAUGUAGUAAAAAUAUUUGAUGAAAUAGCCAAAUUAUAUCAAUCAGCUGAACAUAAUAGACGAUUAUCGAAAUAUAUUCAAGCAAAAUCAAUUGAGACCACUUUUCAAGAAUUGACUACAGAAUUUGAUAGAUUUGUUUCUAUUUUGAAUUUAACCAUCACUAUUGAUACCAGAGAUCGUGCUCGAAAAGAUAAAGAAAUCUUGAGAAAAGAUAUUGAAGAUCUUAAUAAGGUAGUAUCGAUAAUGUGUCUUACUGAUGUAAAUAAAAAUGUAUCAGAUUCCGUUAAUCAAUUAAAUUUAUUGAAAGAUAUGAUGGCUCAAUUAAUGGCUGAAAAAGAAAACAAAAAUAAUAAUACACAAAAUCAACAAAUAAUUAAUAGUUUAUUCGAAGAUACAUCAAUAAGGUUUUGUGAAUUUGAAGAAACCACCGAGAUUCGAGGAUCCAAAGUUAGAAAAUAUAUUCGAUUAAAGGAUCGUGAAGAAGUUGCACUUAAACUCGUAGCAAACGAAAAGAAUUCUGAUAAUGAUAGGGAAAAUAUUCGUAAUCGAGUUGUCAUUCUUAAAAAGCUUAAAGAUUGUCAACAAAUUCUUCAAUUUUAUGGCCUCACCUCUGAUG